AUGUAUAACACUUAGCGUUCAGUAAUGCCGUGCGAAUGUAAAUAUUUCAGCAAAUCUGCUAACAGUACGCUCAAACAGUUAAGAACUUCCCCAUCGUGUAUGGAACCCGAAGUUUGUUACCGUUUUCACAAGAGCCCGUCACAUGUCCUGAGUCAGGUUAAUCCAAUCCACGCACCAUGUUUCCCGAAUAUCUAUUUUAAUAUUAUCCUUCCAUCUAUUCCUUGGUCUUACGUGUCGUCUUUGUUGCAGUAAAUUGCAGUAUUAUGGAAACAUUGCUAGUUUUUGUUCCUUGUGCACUAUAUAACGAGGAACCUGGUACUUUGUAUGGGGUUGUACAAGAAACUAAGGAAGAAUAUGUGAAGUGCUAUUUCGUUAUUGGAAAGGCUGAAGGCCUAAAUGAAAAUUAUGGAGUAGAGAAGUGUAAUAUUAUUGGAUAUUAUUGUAAAGGUUCAUCAUCAAUUGUUUCAUUCAAACAGAAGAGUGAUUGGGUAGUCUUGGGUUUAUGUGGUUCUGAAUUCAUUUUGCAUGUAAUAGUGAGUGCUGGAAAUGUUGUGGAUAUGUCAAAACCAUGUCAGACCGUUUGCAUUAUAUAUGAUCAUGAAAAGUUCAUUCAGUCUGAACUCUUUCUUCAAAGUUUGGAGCCUGAUGGCUCUCUGUAUGGAGAUCACUUCAAAAUGUUGGCUAGUAACUUGAACUCUGUAUCACUAAAAAAUUCACGUGUCCGGCCAUUUAGUUCAGUAAUAUUAAAGAAUGUGCUCUCACAGCAAAUAAUCAGAUUAUUAUUAUGUAUAGCAAAUAUUCUGCUAAAUUGUAUUACUUUCACGCAUCCUGUUUUAAAAUAUACAGCACUAGAAUUACAUUUGCAAACUUUCCUUAAAAGUCUAAUAUGGAUUCUGCAGUCAGCCUCUUGUAAGAAAAUUCUUUCAGUUAAAGUUUGGAAUUACAUUGUUGCUACCAUUGUUGAUGUAUGUUGCGGGAUGCUUCUACUUUAUUGGCUUACUGCUGUUACAUCUUCACCCCCACAACUACUACUGGAGUCUGGAGAGGUCGUGGUAACGACUUUACGAGAAUUGCUGCAUUUGAAACUUAACUAUGCCUUUAAUAAUAUGUUGGGGCAGUUCUUCCUUUACCACAUUAAUGUCUGGUGGACAUUUCUUGUGGUUGCCAAACCAGUACUAGAGGUAGCAUUCCACAUAUUUCUUUGCCUUGGCCGUCUUGGACUCACAUUCCAAGCAUCUAUCCUUGUAGAUCUUCUGGAGUUGGUCAGCUUCCACAUCUACUGUAUCUACGUGUACGCUGCAAGGUUGUAUAGUUUGCAAGUAUCAGGGUUGGUAGCCCUGUGGCGGCUGUUCUUGGGAAGGAAACAUAACCCGCUGCGAGGACGUGUUGAUUCAUGCCAAUACUCAUCGCACCAGCUCUUUGUGGGAACCCUUGCAUUCACCAUAUUACUCUUUUUGCUCCCAACAACACUUAUGUAUUACAUUGUGUUCACCACGCUCCGUCUGGUAGUGGUUGGUCUUGAAGGCCUCCUGACACGUGUACGCUACAUCCUGCAGUGCCUUCCCCUGUAUGUCAGCACACUCUGGCUUCUACAGUCCACAAUUGUUAGCAGUACAGUUCACUUGACAGUGCAGUGCAGAGAAACACAAGGUCCGCUGCUUCUGUCUGUCCAACCAGUACCUGGCUCCUGGUGGAAUACUGUUCAGUACUGCAUACCUGAACUAGUGCAUUCCCCACCGAGGGUCAACUGGGGAAACCUCAUAGGAAAUCUGGUGUCAGGAAAGCUGAUUUACCCGUCUUAAUUCUACUGUAACAACUUGUUAAUGAAACCUUGGAACAAACUUCUGCCUUUAAUGUAAUCAUUUUCCAAGAAAUUCUUUAUCAGAAUUUUGUACACAUCCCUUGUUUUUGUUUUCCAGCUUAUCAUAAUAUUGUAAUUCAGCUACACUAAUAAUACACAAGGAAUAAAUUAGUUUUUUUUAA